CUGGCCUGCGGGCCGUAGGUUGCGGACCCCUGCCCUAUAUUAAGGAAGGUACUAAUUUUUAGAUUAUUAGAAUUAUUUUAUUCAACAUUUCUUUGUGAAUUAAAAUCAUGUUGUGUGGCAGAACAAAAGGAAAUUAUGAUAUCUGCAAGCUACUUCUGCUGUUUAUUACUAUCUUGAAUCUCGUUGAAGAAAAUGAGGCAAAUUCUUGUUCCUUGUUUAAUGCUACUCAGUUGAAAGUAUUAACGGAACAAAGCGGUUCAAUUAUUACAAAAGGGAAAUUCAAAAAAGAUGAUGCAUGCCGAUGGAAUUUACCACAGAUCGGGAAUGACAAAUUGCUGUUUUUGAAUCUGACUCACGUCUUCGUCUAUCGCGAUAAUCAACAUAAGUGUGGAGAUGUUGCCACCCGACUAACAAUGCCUGAUGGUACUUAUGAGUGUUCUUUGUUACAACCUAAGUGUUUCAUAUACAACUAUAAUUCGGUAUCCGAUAAUUGCCUAAGACAUGUGUCACACGGACAUUCCAUGAAUUGCCACAACGGCCCGCUAGCAAACUCAACACCAAAAAUCGUUUUUGAAAACAGCGGUGUUAUAAAUCUUGAUGACCGGACAGGAUUUAAUAUGGAUUAUCAAAUUUUAGAUUGUAAAAAUGAUGUUGGUUUUAAGGAGUUUACGAGGGCUACCAUUACCACUACAAAAUCCGCCGUUACCAGCUCUUCACACGGUAGUCAAAUACAUGUUACAGCAUAUACAGAUUCUUGGAAAAUUACCCAAUCAUUGCUCAACACUACUCGGAGAAAAAAUACUAGCAACGUCACAGCGACCGAAAAUCGUUCGGCUCAUUCCCUUACCACAUUUGCAGGUGUAACUAGUAACCAGACAAUUGAACACGUUCUGCCAAUUGUUGCUGUCGCUCUCCUAAUAAUUGUUGUUGUUAUAUUGAUUGUUGUUCUGCUCAGAAAACACAGGAAUAAACCGGCGACACCAUUACAAACUAUAGAUGUUGCGAUUUCAACCAAACCACAAAAUCAAUACUCGUCUCUGGAAGAUAUGAGGAAUGCCUCAUUGCCUCAGGAUGAAUCGCCAGCUAUAAAUUCGAGUGUAAAUGAAGCGCAUGAUGGAUAUGAUACUUUACAUUCUAGUGGUCAUUCUGAUCAAAUACCCACUUAUGCAUCAGUUGUUAGGAAGAAGUUUCCUGCAAAAGAGAAUACAUCGCCUUCUCAAAAUACAUAUGAUUAUCCUACCCGUGACGCUUCUUUCAGUGAUGCAGUUCAAGAAGGUAGUAAUGAAUAUCAAACGGUCGACUUGAGUCCUCCUUCCUAUGACGAUGCGGCGCCUGCUUAUAACAGACUGGAUUCCUCAAAUAUGUUCGAUGAGGAUGUGACGAACGAUUAUGCAACGAUGGGUGGACAAAACCCACAAGCAUUUCACAGAGAAGAAAUGCGCUCAAUUCGUGUUAUCGAUCCAAUAACAAAUAAUGAAUCAAUUUAUGCUGAUAUGAGCGGUCCUUUACCAGAGCUUACAGAAAAUGAAGAGGGUGAUGACGAAAUUUUUGACUCUGAUGAAUUUGAAACAGACAGUGAUUCUGAUACGACUACAACGUAUUCGGUCGUUAGACAUAAAUCUAGAAAACCUACCACGAAAAAGAAGAUAUGAAUAUAUAUUAGGUUAACGGUGUUUACCGAAACCACUGCCAUCAUACUGGAUAAUAUCACCAUAUAAAUAUCAGGAUAUAUCAUCUGUGUAUAUUAUACUGUGUCGAUUUUGAUUGGCACCAAAUGUGGACUUUAUUCAUGUAUCAUUUUACUCAUGCAAAAACUAAUCUUUAUCGAAAAUGUUAUUCAUUUUUUUUUAUUAUAUAUACUUGAGUCCAAUUAAACUCUUAACUCAUGCUCCAUUUAUUACUUAUUAAUGUGCAAAAGAUUGAAUGUACCGACGUGUAUUUUAAAAUCAAUUUUGCAAAUGUACGUUCAUCAAAUGACUUCGAACAGAUUCGAAAAUUUUGAUCGAAAACAUUUUCUGUUUCUACAGAAAGCAGACAUAAAGAUAUAUUAUAUAGUGUUUGUUCUGAACCAUAGCAUUUGCUAACUCAAUUUAAUGACUUGUAUUACGUUACGCAGCCAAAUAUAUUACAUCUCAGAAGAUGUAACUACAUUUUGAAUGCAAAACAUUAUUGAAUCUGAAUAUCUGA